UCUGUUUUAUUUCUUGUCUGCAGAUGUGUUUAUGAUCUGACAGGCAACAGCUGCCUGAUGCCCCAGACUAAGGCACAGGGGCAGGUGCGGAUGAGCGGGGGCCGAUAAAGCUGCCGGUUAGUGCCAGAUAUAUUGGUAAUGGGGAAACAAUAGUGUUGCUUCGGUACACGAGUAAUUACGGUAAUGCAGGGCUGUAGGCACAAACUGUGUUAUGCCUGAUGUACAGCAACAGCAGUCACAGCAAGACUGGCGGGGAGGAAAAAGUGUGCGAGUUGCACAUCGAUGGCUCAUCAGUAAAAGUUCCACCCUGUGGUCCUUUAGCAGGGCGCGGUGUGCAGCGUGAGCCGUGAUUGAGCUCCAGACAGCGUGCACUUCAACUUCCCGGAGCCUGAUCAGCAGCAGCAGGAGCCUCCCCUCACUCCUCCCUUGCAACUUACCCACCUCAUCCUCCCUCCCCUCCUCUGCCAUCGGGGGAAUAAAUCAGAAAAGGAAACGGAGAGAGGAGACUGUGGGAGCCGAGAUCUCUUACCAAAGUAUCGCUGAUGGCGGCUGAUUAGAUGUGGCUGCCGGUGUGAGUGUGGCUUCCGAUCCGGCUCAGCACCGCUCCAGCCCCCGAUCGCUGCGUGGACUUUAGGCUUUUGUUUUUUCUUUCCCCCAUCAUCAUCAUCAUUGCUUUAUCUCAUCCCUAUAUUGUUCUGGAUCGGAGGUUUUUCUGUUAGAUGGUGAAGAUGGCUGCUUCCUGGUUACUAGUCUUUAGUCUUACACUUUUCCAAUCCUUGCUGAUAAGCCCUUCGUCUGAAGAAUACUUUCCUUCUGCUUUGACGAUUAAAAUGUGGGUAGAGAAGAUGCAAAAUGACCUUGUAACACUGGCAAGAACAGCAAGUGGUGUAGACCAGCUUGCAGAAAUAUACUUGAAAAAAUCACAUUUAUAUACCGUUGAAGCCAACAAUGCGCGGCAGUUGGUGGAAAGUGCGGCCACGAAUAUUGAAAAACUUUUGAUGAACCGUUCCAAAGCACUUGUGCACCUUGCAGAGAAAGCUGAGGAAAUUCAAGAAUCACAUCAAUGGCGUGAUGAAUUUGGGAAAAAUGACAUCGUUUACUACAAUGCAAAGGAUGAUCAAAUGGAUCCUGAGAAAAAUGAAAGCGAAACUGGAAGUCAAAGAAUCAAGCCAGUAUUUCAGGAGGAUCCAAUCUUCCGGAGACACACAUCCUAUGAACAUUCUGCGGUUCACAUUCCCACGGACAUCUACGAGGGCUCUACAAUAGUGCUAAAUGAGCUGAACUGGACUGCAGCUUUAGAUGAAGUUUUUAAAAAGAACCAUCGAGAAGAUGAAACGCUACUGUGGCAAGUGUUUGGAAGUGCGACCGGGCUGGCCAGAUAUUAUCCAGCUUCACCGUGGGUGGAUAAAAACAGAACUCCUAAUAAAAUCGAUCUUUACGAUGUGCGAAGACGACCAUGGUAUAUUCAAGGAGCCGCGUCUCCAAAAGAUAUGUUAAUCCUUGUAGACGUGAGUGGUAGCGUUAGUGGACUUACCUUGAAGUUGAUAAGGACUUCUGUUUCUGAAAUGUUGGAAACCCUGUCAGAUGAUGACUUUGUAAAUGUAGCUGCAUUUAACAACAAUGCUCAUGACGUCAGCUGCUUCCACCACCUCGUCCAAGCCAAUGUCCGAAAUAAGAAGGUGCUAAAAGAAGCUGUUAACAAUAUUACAGCCAAAGGAACGACAGACUAUAAAACUGGUUUCCAGUUUGCAUUUGAUCAGCUGCGGAAUACUAAUGUAUCCCGAGCCAACUGUAACAAGAUUAUUAUGUUAUUCACUGAUGGUGGUGAAGAUAAAGCAAAAGAAACAUUUGAAAUGUACAACAAGAAUAAAACCGUUCGAGUAUUUACCUUUUCCGUUGGACAACAUAAUUAUGACAAGGGACCCAUUCAGUGGAUGGCUUGUCAAAACAAGGGUUACUACUAUGAAAUCCCAUCUAUUGGAGCAAUCAGGAUCAAUACACAGGAAUAUUUAGAUGUCCUUGGAAGACCAAUGGUUCUGGCCAGAGAAAAGGCAAAACAAGUACAAUGGACUAAUGUUUACCUGGAUGCACUGGAGCUUGGCCUUGUCAUCACAGGAACUCUUCCUGUGUUCAAUUUUACAGUGGACCAUAAUGGAAAGAAAAACCAGCUCAUCCUUGGAGUCAUGGGAGUUGACGUGUCCUUGAAAGAUAUUAAAAGACUUACACCUCGUUUUACACUUUGCCCUAAUGGCUAUUAUUUUGCACUCGAUCCCAAUGGCUAUGUGUUGCUUCAUCCAAAUCUUCAACCAAAGAACCAAAAAUCUCAGGAGCCUGUAACACUGGAUUUUUUGGAUGCAGAGCUAGAAAAUGAACAUAAAGUCGAGAUUCGUACUAAAAUGAUUGAUGGUGAAAUCGGGGAGCGUACCUUUGAAACAUUAGUGAAAUCUCAAGAUGAGAGGUAUAUUGACAGAGCAAACAGGACAUACACAUGGGGUCCGGUGAAUGGAACAGAUUACAGCCUGGCCUUGGUCCUACCAUCUUAUGGCUUUUACUACAUUAAAGCUAAAUUGGAAGAAACAAUAACACAAGCAAAGUCCAAAAAGGGCAAAAUUAAGGAUUCUGAAUCUCUGAAGCCUGAACAUUUUGAUGAAGUUGGAUACACUUUCUUAGCCCCAAGGGAGUACUGCAGUGACCUCAAGAUAUCCACUAAUAACACAGAGUUCCUCCUGGACUUUAAUUCCUACAUAGAUCGCAAAACCCCAAGCAGUCCAGAGUGUAUUAAAGACUUGAUUAAUAGAGUUCUUCUGGAUGCAGGAUUUACAAGUGAACUUGUGCAGUAUCACUGGAAUUCCCAAACACCCAAGGGAGUAGCUGCUAGAUUUGUAUCAACAGAUGGUGGAAUUACAAGAGUAUUUCCAAAAAGUGCUGGAGAAUUCUGGGACGAAAAGCCUGAAACAUAUGAAAACAGUUUCUACAAACGUAGUUUGGACAACGACAACUAUGUCUUCACUGCUCCUUUCUUCAAUAAAACUGGUGUCAGUAGCUCCGAAGGUGGUAUAAUGGUGAGCAAGGCCGUCGAAAUAACAACGGAUGGUAAACUACUUAAACCUGCUGUUGUUGGAGUAAAAAUAGAAUUUGAAAGCUGGCUGGAAAAUUUUACCAGAGUUACAACCAAACCCCCGUGCAGGAAAGAAGCGUGUGACUGCCAAAUUAACAGUCCGCAACUCGACUGUGUAAUUCUUGAUGACGGUGGAUUUCUUCUGAUGUCAAAUCAAGAUCAGUACAAUGCACAGGUUGGCCGAUUUUUUGGAGAGAUCGAUCCAAGUUUGAUGAGAAAACUUGUUAAUAUUUCUGUUUACGCCUUUAAUAAAUCAUAUGAUUACCAGUCUAGGUGUAAUCCAAACAAUGAACCAGUCAAAACAGCUGCUCCCCGCUCUGUAUUUGUGCCUACUAUAGCUGAUAUAUUAAAUCUCGGUUGGUGGGCUUCUGCUGCUGCUUGGUCUCUUUUGCAGCAGUUGUUCUGGAGCAUUACUUUCCCUCGGCUCCUAGAAGCAGCUGAAUUUGAUGAUGAUGACUUUUCAGACAGCCUCUCAAUGCAAAGCUGCAUUACUGAACAAACCCAGUACUUUUUUGAAAAUGAUAAUAAAUCUUUUAGUGGCUAUCUAGACUGUGUCAACUGCACAAGAAUCUAUCAUGCAGAAAAGCUUAUAAACACCAAUUUGCUAUUCAUAAUAGUUGACAGUCUGCGUUCUUGCGAUGCUUGCGAUAAACAACCUCUAAUACAAGCAGAGCAGCGUUCUAAUGGACCAGAUCCAUGCCUGCUAGCUCAGACACCAAGAUACAGGAAAGGGCCGGAUGUUUGUUUUGACCAAGAUAUUGCGGAAGAUGACAGUGAUUGUGGUGGGGUUUCUGGACUGACUCCUUCACUGUGGUCCAUGAUAGGCAUUCAGUUUGUCCUGCUUUGGCUUUUAUCUGGUAGCAAGCACUGUCCAUUAUGACCCUGAAAACCAAAACCCACAUUUGUAAUGUCAACGACCUGCCAAAAGAGAAACCCUGGAAAUACCUUAAAUAAGGGUCACUUUCUUCAGAUGAUAGAAGAAUGGAUGUGUCUAAACUGUAACAAAACAGUGUGAGAAACUCAUGAUCGCACCCACAAAUGCUGCAUGUUGGAGUGUGAACCCUCAAUGGCAACUUGUGUGAAUGCUGCAUCAUCGAUGCCAUCAAAACCGAAAUCUACAGUAAAUGUGCUUUAUUGAACAAUCUAUGAUGAUCUCUUUGUUGCAUCGUCAAUGACUUUAUGUAAAAGGGCUCCCUUUCUGUACAACAUAAUUUCUAUAGUUUUAAGGUUUGUUGCACUGCUAGCCCUUUAUGAGUCCUGUUGCGUAAAUCAAAUAUUUAAUUAUUGUGUACUGUGUUUUAAACACUACUACUGCUUUUCAAUAUAUUAUUGUACGUGAAGAAAGAGAAAAUCAAUCCUGUUUCAGUCAAGUAAAAUUAUUGGGUAGUCUACAACGUUCACAAAAACUGAAAUGCCUUAUAUAUUGAAUGCUUGUUUUGUCAACUGAGUGCAGAACCCGACUAAGACUAAUGGGUGUUUCGUGUUCUAGGUAAACUUCGUAAAUGAUACAACGGGUGCUUCAGAGUAUGAACUUGGGGAUCCAAUACUUUCUGAAUGCAGUGCAACACUUUUGUAAAUGCUUGUCAUCAAAUUAAAAUUAGAGACACCUCCUCUUUCUUUGCUUAGGGAACUUGUAUUACCAAUGAUAUCUAGCAUGACGCUGCUAUUUAAUUUAUGUUGGACUUUAAUUUGUUCUUUCUUUUCAUGGUCUUGUUACAGAGUGGCUGUUUUGUUCUGUGAUAAGUUGCAGUGUGAUACAGUAAAGCGUGCUUUGAUAUGACACAUGA